UUUAUUUCGCGCAUGCGCUAUACCCUUUGAACGCUGUCGUGCUGUUGGUCGUAGGGUUUCUCUUCCCUUGUUACCUGUUUUAUUAUCAGCAUUUCGUUUCGUCGCCGUUGGACGUUUUCGCCUACUCCUCCCGUCUCGCCAUGGCCGACCCUCGCGUCAGACAGAUCAAAAUAAAAACAGGCGUAGUAAAACGCUUGGCAAAAGAAAAGGUUAUGUAUGAAAAAGAAGCAAGGCAACAAGAAGAAAAAAUUGAAAAGAUGAAAGCUGAAGAUGGAGAUAACUAUGCAAUUAAAAAGCAGACCGAGAUCUUGCAAGAAUCUCGAAUGAUGAUUCCUGAUUGCCAACGCCGACUAGAAGCUGCACAUUCUGACCUUGUUCAACUAUUAGAAAAUGAAAGAGAGUUGGAAGAAACUGAAGAAUAUAAAGAUGCACAAUCAGUACUGGGAUCGAUAAAGUUAGAAGCCUAGACUGAUUUUUCCCCACGUAAUGAAUAUGCUUCAAUGUUGGGUCCAUUGCUACUUUUUACAGUUUGGUCAUUGCUAUACAUUUGUUCUAGUAAUAAUAAGAAUGAUAGUGUACUAAAAUUGUAUUUUAUGCCAUUACAAAUUAUUUAGUUCUUUUUAUUUAAUUUUUUGAAGAAAGCAUUGUAUAAUCAUACGAGAUAAAAAUAAAAACUUAAAUCAAAACAAAA